ACCCGGAGCGCUGCUUUGGAGGAUGAUGCAUUGUCAUAGAAGGAAACGGCUCCAGCUGAGCCGGGUUCUGUUUCUUCUCUCCGGAGUUUUUCUCUGUACCCUCUACCAGCUCACCAUUAGUGCCAGGCUGCAGGCACCAAUGCCAGUGGCUCAGAUUGGAGAGGAUUUCGGAGAAGGGUCAACAGAGGGCGUUGAGGAUGCCACAGCAGAACCUGGCCAGCUAGAGGAACCUCUCACUACUGCGCCCGACUCAGAGCCCACAGAUCAAACAACACCAACGCAUGUGAAUCCUCAUACUGAUAAGGAUUUAAAUACAAACACACACACGGAUAUAACUAGUGAUUUCAAAGAAGCCUCUUCCACUGAAUCCACACUGUUGCCAACCACAAACCGGACUUUGGUGCAUUGCAUCUACGUGGCCCCAGAACCACCUCUGGUGACACCCACCCCAGUUCCAACUCCACCAGUUACAACCGUCUCCCCAGCUCCACCUGGUGAAGCUCCUCAUGUCAAAGGCGAAUACCCUGAAGAUAUCUUUUCCAUCGAAGAUCGCAGACGAGGAUGGGUGCUUCUUCACAUUAUGGGAAUGAUGUACAUGUUUGUUUCUCUUGCGAUUGUCUGCGACGAGUUCUUUGUGCCCGCACUGGGAGUUAUCACAGACAAACUGGCCAUCUCUGAUGAUGUAGCAGGCGCCACCUUUAUGGCGGCCGGAGGCUCUGCACCUGAGCUCUUCACCUCUCUUAUAGGAGUCUUCAUCGCCCACAGCAACGUGGGCAUUGGCACAAUAGUCGGCUCGGCAGUUUUUAACAUUUUGUUCGUGAUUGGGAUGUGUGCUUUGUUUUCUCGGGAGAUUCUCCAUCUGACCUGGUGGCCGCUUUUCAGAGAUGUUUCAUUCUACAUACUUGACCUCAUCUUACUGAUCAUCUUCUUCUUGGACAAUGUCAUUAUGUGGUGGGAGAGCAUGAUGCUGGUGACCUGUUACAGUCUCUAUGUUGUCUUUAUGAAGUUCAAUGUGCAACUGGAGCGAGAGUUCAAGACCCAGCUCCACAAACACAAGAGCAUUGUGAAGGUUAUUGCUGUGGAAGAACCUGAAAAGACAAAUGGGGAAGGAGAAGAUAAUGCCCCUCCUGCUCCAGAGGACAAGAAUCGGUUAAAGUUGAAGCCAUCCCUUCAGCGAGGGGGGAGUUCUGCUUCUUUACACAACAGCACCAUGAGAAACACCAUUUUUCAGCUCAUGAUUCACACGUUAGACCCUCUGGGAGAUGGAAAGUUUAAGGAAAAGGCUGAGACCUUGAACAGUGUGGCCAGACGGAAGUCAGUUUCCAAGUCCCAAGAGAAAAGUGAAGGCAAAAGUGGAAAAACUGAGGAGUCCAAAGAGCCAGAGGCCGCCCCAGCCAAAGAUGCAGAAAAGAAGGAAGAGCCAGAAGCAAAGAAGGUACUCGCUACCCAUGACCUGCUGACUUUCAAAAAGCCCAGAAGUCAGUCUUUGAUACCAGUCUAUGACGACGUUCCGGCAGAACAAGGUGACUCGGAAGGUUCAGACGAUUCCGACAGCGACGAAGACGACAGCAAUGAAGAGACUGAGGAGUCCAGUGAAGAUGAGGAUGAAGAUGAGGAUGAAGAUGAAUAUGAGGAGGAGGAGGAAAAAGAAGACGACCCACUGUCUUUACAGUGGCCUGACACACCACGCAAACAAAUCACCUACCUCUUCCUGCUGCCCAUAGUCUUCCCUCUGUGGCUCACAGUUCCUGAUGUUCGGAACCAGAAAUCCAGGAAAUUUUUUGUGCUCACCUUCCUGGGCUCCAUUAUGUGGAUUGCUAUCUUCUCCUACCUCAUGGUCUGGUGGGCUCAUCAGGUGGGAGAGACCAUCGGCAUCUCAGAGGAAAUUAUGGGCCUGACUAUCCUGGCGGCAGGGACCUCCAUCCCUGACCUCAUCACCAGCGUGAUUGUGGCUCGCAAGGGCCUGGGAGACAUGGCGGUGUCCAGCUCUGUGGGCAGUAACAUCUUUGACAUCACAAUGGGCCUGCCCAUCCCAUGGCUCCUGUACUCUUUCAUCCACGGUUUGGCUCCGGUCGCUGUCAGCAGCAACGGCCUUUUCUGUGCCAUCGUGCUGCUCUUCCUCAUGCUCCUCUUCGUCAUCAUCUCCAUCGCAGCCUGUAAAUGGAAAAUGAACAAGGUGCUGGGCUUCACUAUGUUUCUCCUCUACUUUAUCUUCCUGGUGCUCAGCGUCAUGCUGGAGGAUCGUGUCAUUGUCUGCCCUGUUUCCAUCUGAGACUGCAAACACAAGCCUUUUUCCCACGGUAGACACUUUCCCAUGGAGGUGGAACUUAAUAUCGCUUUUUUUUUAAAAAGUAAUUCUCAUGAAAACCUUUUUUUUUUUGGACCAUUUGAAACAAUAAUUGCAAGUAAAUUUGAUAUACUCUUAACACCAAUAGUAGCACCGCACAAUCUUUAGUUGUAAAAGUACCUAUGCAACUGUGUUCAGAGUGAAAUAUAUCUGUUUACUGAAGUUUUUAUAAUUUCUUCCAUUUCCAUAGUUUUUGACUUGGGCUUGGAGUAUGUUUAAAAGUACAAAACCUGUAAUUUCAUCUCAAGGUUCUCAAGGUUCAAACAGAACUUUCCUUUGGUGAAAUUUCAAGUUUAAUCAGAUCUUUAAAUUAGUUUACUCAAAAUGAAUUUGUAUUUUCUUUGAGGACUUUAAAAUCCAUUAGAUGUUAUCCAUCUUUGACCUUGUUUUUCUAAAUUGCAUAGAGAGCUCUUUAGAUGUUGACAUUGCAAAGGCACAGAAACAUCCAGGUUUUAUAAAUGGCACACAGUCUGGAGCCCAUGUUUUAACAUGUUUGGAUUAUGUGGUGUAAUAAACACAUGAUUGUAUUUACAUUGCAA